UGUCCAGGUUUCAUUUAAAUUCCAUUGAUUUGAUUACCACACUUAAAUUUACAUUUGUGUAAGGAAAAUACAUUUAUCAAAACCGGUUAUAGUCACUGUGCAGCUGCGUAUGGGAUAUGUAGUUUUUACUCUAAGAUUCUCGUUGAAAGAAUUCGGUACAAUGGGAGCUUACACAAAAUAGCGCACACGGAUAUUAUUAGUGUUCAGAUUUAAUAUCGAUCCAAAGCCACAAUCAUGUACACACACGCACGUGUCACAACCUGACAGUCCGGGUUUAAACUUUAAAAACAGACGAUACUACUUCCGGACUACAAUGUGACGUCAUCGCCUCAGAAAACCUUUGCUGCUUUCGCGCCAAAGAAACAUAGCGCCUGAGAAACGAGCCGUGUGUGAGGAACAAUGAGACGAACUCGGAGCUGCAACAAACCUGAGGUGAAGGAAGAACUGGGAACAGAGUGGGCGUGGCAGGAUGAUGAUGGACAGUGGGUGUCAUACCCCUCUGAGGUGUGUUCUGAGAUCAACACUGCAGUUCAGGCUGGGAAGAAGCGUGUGUGUGUGUCGCUUGUUCAGAAGUAUGAGCUGGAUCUGGUGAAGAUGACCCAGACCAACACUAAGACUAAAUACCGCCGUCAAAUCCGUAAGACAGGGUGUGAUGAUGAAGGUGAGGGGCCGAGUGGGCUCAGGGUUAAAGAGGAGGAAAUGCCUGUUACUAAAAAGAGACGAGGAGGAGUGAAGGAGUGUGGAAACACAGAGGAACAGGACAGUAAAGAAAUGCUAAAGACAAUCGUGAUGAAGGGGAAAGCUCCAGUCGAUGCAGAGUGUAAAGCCAAACUGGGAAAGGCACAUGUCUACAGUGAGGGGGAGGAUGUGUAUGAUGUGAUGUUAAACCAGACUAACCUGCAGUUUAACAAUAAUAAGUACUACCUGAUCCAACUUCUGCAGGAUGACCAGGUCCAGGUCUACAGCGUGUGGAUGAGGUGGGGGCGAGUGGGAAAAGCAGGACAGAACAGUUUGGUACCCUGCGGUUCGGAUCUGGUUAAAGCCAAAGAAGUCUUUAUGAAAAAGUUCUUUGAUAAGACUAAAAACGAGUGGACACAGCGAGCAAACUUUGAGAAAAUUCCUGGAAAAUACGACAUGGUGUUUAUGGACUACAGCUUCAGAGGCAGAGAGGAGAACAUGGCAGUGAUGUCCACUCCCUAUGAGAUAAAACCAUCACAGCUAGAUGUCAGACUUCAGUCUCUCAUGGAGCUGAUCUGUGACAUUAAAGCCAUGGAGGAGUGUGUGCUCGAGAUGAAGUUUGACGUUAAAAAAGCUCCUCUCGGGAAGCUGACUGUGGAGCAGAUUCGAGCAGGCUAUGCCUCUCUGAAGAGAAUCGAAGAGUGUCUGAGAAAGAAAAGCAGCAAAAAACAGCUUCUGGAGGCCUGCAACCAAUUUUACACUCGUAUACCACAUGACUUCGGUUUGCGAACUCCUCCAAUUAUCUGCAAUGAGGAGGAUCUGAAGAAGAAAAUCGCUCUGCUGGAGACUCUCAGUGAUAUCGAGGUUGCAGUGAAGAUGGUACUGUCAGAAUCAGUGAGUGAUGAAAACCCUCUGGAUAAACACUACAGGUCUCUAAACUGUCUUCUCCAACCCCUCGAUCCACACACACACGAAUACCAGGUGAUUGUGAAAUAUCUGCAGUCGACUCACGCAGCUACUCACACUGAUUACACCAUGACAGUGCUGGACAUCUUUAGUGUAGAGCGAGAAGCAGAGAAAGACAAUUUCCUGUCUCAUCUUCACAACAGGACAUUACUGUGGCAUGGUUCUCGUCUGUCUAACUGGGUGGGGAUUCUCAGUCAGGGUCUCCGAGUUGCACCUCCUGAAGCUCCAGUCACAGGCUAUAUGUUUGGAAAAGGGAUUUAUUUUGCUGACAUGUCGUCUAAGAGUGCUAACUACUGUUUCACCACUCCGAAGAACAACGUGGGAUUACUGUCACUGAGCGAGGUUGCUCUCGGAGACUGUAACGAGCUUCUGGAUGCUAAUUACGAUGCUGACAAACUGCCUUCAGGGAAACACAGCACUAAAGGUCUGGGCCAGACCGCCCCGGACCCCAACCACUCCAUCACUCUGGAUGGUGUGAAGGUUCCUUUCGGACCUGCAGUGAGAACCAGCGUGGGACAGAGCGGCGGAUACACACUCCUGUAUAAUGAGUUUGUGGUGUACAACCCUGCUCAGAUACGCAUAAAAUACCUGCUGAGGAUCCAGUUUAAUUAUUCAGCUCUGUGCAGUAUCGUGUGUGGGGCUAAAGCGCGCGUCUGGGGGCUGAAGCGCGCGUCUGGGGGCUGAAGCGCGCGUCUGGGGGCUGAAGCGCGCCGGCUAGGGGCUGAAGCGCGCCGGCUAGGGGCUGAAGCGCGGCGUCUGGGGGCUAAAGAGCGCCGGCUGGGGUGGGAUCAGGUUAUAAAAUGUGUGAUUGAAAUGUAAUUAAGAAAGUUUGAGGUUUGUAUUUAAUUCCAGAGGAGGUUAAAAUGAUCAGCAUUUAUGUUGAGCAAUGAUUUUUGAGGUGAGCAGAGAAACAUCCAAAAUCACAAACUUUGCCUGAAAGCAAACAGAAAUUAAAUCAGUUUUUAAAGUGCUGUAGCUUUUCUACAAUAAACUGAAAGGAGAUUCUACAUCAACACUACAAACAAAAACAAAACUCACGUCCAUAUUAUACAGAGGCAGAACAGGAUGUUAACCCCUU